ACACACACACACACACACACACACACACACACACACACACACACACACACACACACACACACACACACACACACACACACAGCUCUCUAACUAACAGUGCAGACAGACAUGAUUCUGUCAAAGUAGCUCUGUCUCUCUCUGUGUUUUAACAGCUCAGGAUAAAGGAUAUAUACUCUCACAGUGGAGGAGCAGCGCUGCUGGUUUGGGUUGACAGUGACCGGUCUCUUUACAGUAUACCGGCGAGCAGCAGUCUGGAGAUCGUGGCCGAGGGCGAGGAGUCGGGUGGUGUGACGCUUCGCUCUGAGCGAAUGUCGUUUGUGUCGUUUGUUCUUUUCUGAGCGUCUCAAUCCCAGAUUAGCUCAGUGACUGAGCGGUGACUGAGGCGCUGAGCGGCUGCCAGCUUCCUGACCCGGAGUGACCUCUCUGCGCUGGGGUCCCUGGAUGCCCCCUGGUGGCGACGCCCUGUCGGCGCACGCAGACCGAAUGGCUGCCAGCUGACCCCGCCCCCCAAAAUGACGGUCAGAGAGCGGCUCCGGCAGAACAUCUCGGCCGCCUUCUACCGGCAUGGCCUGCUCUGCGCCUCCUACCCAGUACCCAUAAUCCUCUUCACCUCCGCCAGCAUCCUCACCUGCUGCUACCCCCUGUUGAAGUUGCCUCUUCCAGGAACAGGCCCUGUGGAGUUCACCACCGGAGUGAAGGAUUAUUCCGUCCCUUCCCAUGAGCCACAGGGUGACCUGGGCGAGCGCCCUGAUUGGUAUCGGGGUCCUCCGGUGGCCUAUAUCCAGCAGGUGCUGGUGAAGGCUGCCGUGUCUCCAUGGGACAGCAGUCUGGUGCCUGUGGACGUUUUCCGUUCGCCGCUGGGACGAGUCUUCAGCCUGCUGGAGGAGAUCCGUAACCAUGUUUACACCGACAGGAGUUUGGAGACGCUGUGUCUCCAGGUGACGGAGCUGUUGCCGGGGUUACGCCGGAUGCAGUCCAUUCUACCAGAACACGGCUGCCUGCUGGUCUCCCCCGGCAACUACUGGCAGAAUCGGCGAGACCUGUUCGACUCGGACCCCGACAUCCUGAAGACAGUCCACCAACACGAGCCUAAAGGCAUCCACACCUCCGCCACGCUGAAGGACCUGUUGUUUGGAGUCCCAGGGAAGAACACAGGGGUCAGUCUGUACAGCAGGAAGAGAGUGGUCACCUACACCAUCACCAUCGCUCUCAGCAACUACGACUCCAGGUUCGUGGCCAGUCUACGCUCUCGUCUGAAGCAGCUCCACCCCUCUGUGAACUGCACUCUGCGGGAGGAUCACAUGGUUCACGUUCAUUUUAAAGAGGAGAUCGGCAUCGCCGAGCUGAUUCCACUCGUCACCACCUACAUCAUCCUCUUCGCCUACAUUUACUUCUCCACACGUAAGAUUGACAUGGUGAAGUCUAAGUGGGGUUUGGCUCUGGCUGCUGUGGUGACGGUGCUCAGCUCUCUGCUGAUGUCCGUGGGGCUCUGCACUCUGUUUGGCCUGACGCCUACACUCAAUGGAGGGGAGAUCUUCCCGUACCUGGUGGUGGUGAUCGGGCUUGAGAACGUGCUGGUCCUGACCAAGUCUGUGGUGUCGACCCCUGUUGACCUGGAGGUUAAACUACGCAUCGCUCAGGGUCUGAGCAGUGAAAGCUGGUCUAUAAUGAAGAACAUGGCCACUGAGCUGGUUAUCAUUCUGAUUGGAUACUUCACCUUGGUCCCUGCCAUUCAGGAGUUCUGUCUGUUCGCUGUGGUCGGACUGGUGUCAGAUUUCUUUUUGCAGAUGUUUUUCUUCACCACUGUUCUCUCCAUCGACAUCCGGCGCAUGGAGCUGGCUGAUCUGAACAGACGACUUCCUGCUGAAGCUGGGAUGCCGCCUCCUCCGAAGCCUGGCCCUCUGCGAACCCGUGAAGCUCCGCCUCCUCCUCGGCCUUCAGCACACACCAUAACACUGCAGGCCCCGGCCUUCAGAAACCUGCGGCUGCCCAAACGCCUCCGAGUCGUCUACUUCCUCGCCCGCACGCGCCUCGCACAGCGCAUCAUCAUGGUGGGAACAGUGAUUUGGAUCGGGAUCCUGGUCUACACAGACCCGGCUGGUUUGAGGACUUACCUGGCUGCCCAGGUGGCAGAGCAGUCUCCUUUGGGGGAGGCGGGGCUUCCUCCUCAUCUGGGCGUGGCUCCGGUGUUUCCGGGUGGAGACCCAACCAGCACUCUCAGUGUACUUCCGGCCCCCGAACCCACCCCUUUACCUGAGAACCAAUCACAGGGCCACGGAGCUUCUCGUACAGGCUCCGCCACCAUGUCCAGCCCUCAGAUCAGCUGGGGCUCCGAGGACGAGGAAGUGUGGAGGCGACUGUCUUUCCGCUAUUGGCCGUCGCUCUUCAGCUACUACAACAUCACUCUCGCCAAGAGGUAUAUCAGCAUCCUGCCCGUCAUCCCCGUCACGCUGCACCUGAGCCCUCAGGAGGCUGUAGAGAUGAGGCAUCCUCAGGAUACCCAGCAUGCACCACGCACCAGCGCCAAGACCACCGACAUCCAGACCGACCUCACGCUCUACAAGGUUGCAGCGCUGGGUCUGUUUGCGGGGGUGGUUCUGGUUCUGCUGCUGUUCUGUCUGUACCGGGUUCUCUGUCCGCGGAACUACGGGCAGAACGGGGUUCAGCACGGCCGGCGGCGGCGUGGAGAACUGCCCUGUGACGAGUACGGAUACUCCCCGCCCGUCAGCGAGAUCUCACCACUGCUGCUGAGAGGACACAGCAUGGAUAUUGAGUGUUUAGCGAGUGAUGGGAUGCUGUUGGCCAGCUGCUGUUUAGCCGGACAGAUCAGAGUUUGGGACGCCCAGACUGGAGACUGCCUCACUGUCAUCCCAAACAAUGGUUUGCGGAGGAGCAGCAGCAGUGGGUGUUGGGAGCACCGUGACGGAUGGGAUCCCCUGACUCCCACUUUUGACCCGGACGGUUUAUUGGGGGCGGAGUCUCGCAGCCCUGUUUCCACGGCAGCCGCGGGGGCACCAGACGCUAGCGAGUACGCAGAGCCCCCUCUGAGGCGCCGAGCGACGCCCUCUCGGCCGCCGCUGUUCGGGGAUCAGCCGGACCUGACCCCGCUGAUAGACACGAACUUCGGCGAGCUCCCGUCCUCCCUCACUGCCUCCGCCCGCGGCUUCGAUUUCGGCGGGCUGGUGGAGAAAGCCUACAAAGAGCACGAGGUCUCGCCCACAGUGCACUUCUCCCCUACCACCCCUCCAGCCCCCACCGCGCCCCCGCAGAGGCGCCGCAGUCUCGGGGACAACCCCGUGGCCUUCCCGGACCGGAUCAGCGCCUCGCCGGGGGACUGGGACAGCUCGGUGUGGUCCAUGGAGCUCCGAGGGAACCUUAUAGCUACCGGGAGGAGCAGCGGAAAACUGGAGCUGUGGGAUGCGGUGGAAGGGUCGCUGCGCUGCUGUAAUGAAGAUGGUUCUUCUGGAAUAACAGCCUUGGCUUUCCUCAACAACAGGAUUGUCGCGGCUCGUCUGAAUGGUUCUCUAGAUUUCUUCACGGUGGACACCAACAAGCCGCUGGGUUUACUGCAGUACAGAGGUCCUCCAGGGCGGGGCAGCGUCCCCUCGUCCCCCUGUUACAGCAGUGAGGACGUGAUCGGCUGUCAGCUGACCCGCUCGGUACAGUGUGCCCACCAGAAGCCCAUCACCGUGCUGAGAGCUGCGGCGGGCCGGGUGGUCACCGGCAGCCAGGACCACACUGUUAGAGUUUAUCGACUGGAGGAUUCCUGCUGUCUCUUCACAUUACAGGGUCACUCAGGUGGCAUCACAUCUAUUUAUAUUGACCAGACCAUGGUCCUGGCCAGUGGAGGGCAGGAUGGAGCCAUCUGCCUGUGGGACGUUCUGACAGGAAGUCGGGUCAGUCACGUGUACGGUCACCGUGGCGACGUAACGUCUCUGGUUUGCACCAAUUCCUGCGUGAUCAGCAGCGGUUUGGACGACCUCAUCUGCAUCUGGGACCGGAGCACCAGCAUUAAGCUCUACUCCAUACAGCAGGAGGUGGGCUGCGGGGCCAGUCUGGGCGUGAUUUCGGACAGUCUGCUGGUGACCGGGGGCCACGGCUGCGUUUCCUUCUGGGACCUGAACUACGGGGACCUGCUGCAGACGGUGUAUUUGGGGCAGAACAGCGAGGGGCAGCACGUCCGGCAGCUUCUGGUGCUGGAUAACGCCGCCAUCGUCUGUGAUUUCGGCAGCGAGCUCAGCCUGGUGUACGUCCCGUCAGUCCUGGAGAAGCUGGAUUAAACCGACUCGCCGUCAUCAUCACAAUCGCUCACACUGCAGCGACACACUUGUAUCAGUGUGUGUGUGUGGUUGGUGCGAGUGUUUAUUCGGCUUGGCUGAUGAUGGACGCCAGUUUCAGGCUGAUUCGUGACGAAGCAAUGUUCUGUCCUGUUUAGUUUUUUGUUUUUUUUUUGUAAUGAAUCUUCUUCUUUCAGAGCAUUUUAUAUAUUUUUUCUAGGAAAAGAGACUCCAAAUCCAAACCGAAUGUCAAAACCGAGCGUUUUUACUGCUCUGCUGUCGGUGUAGGAGCUGAAACCGAAACUGAAACUAUCCUGCGCUGCCUUAGCAUAGCAACCACAGCAGUACAGCGAGUUUAUACUGCGAAAACCAACAGCGUCUGAAUGAAAACCUGGAGAUACGAGAUAAAAACACCUGAAAUCUGGAGGAGAAAAAUACAACGAGACCAGUUUAGAGCGACUGAAAUGGAAAAAAGAAGAAAAGAAAAGAGAAAAAAAAAAGAUGUGCGACUGUAACUGGAGAAACACUGCUUAUGUGUGUGUAUGAAUAUGUGAAUGUGUGUGUGUGGAGAGAGUGUGUGUGUAUGAAUUGUGUUGUAUUGGUUAAAUGGCAUACUGUAAUCAGCUGAGCCUGAAAAGGUGGGUAAAAAGUGUCACUUUUUAAUAUUUAAAAUCCGUUAUUUAUUAGCGAUAAAUUCUAACAAUUUGUGAGAGAAUGCUACACAAGAAAACGCUCGUCGAGUUAAUAGACUGUUAACGUUUUAAUGUGCACAAAGACUAAUUUAAAAAUAUUAAUUGUAUCAUAUGAAUUAGGACCAUAACCAAGUGAGGUAGUUUUUUGUUUUUUGUUUAUUUGUUUUUUCAGUACGUAUUGCUAUUAUUAUUAUUAUUAUUAUUAUUAUUAUAAUAAAUUUUAUUAUAUUGUUUUCAUGCUGCCUCUCAUUUCGCUGGAGAAUCAGAGAAUUCCUGACUUUCGUAAUGAACAGAAUCAACAGAAUCGGCAAAAUCCACAUUUGUUCUUUUCAGUUUGUAAUGCUAAUCAUGCUAAUUAUGCUAAUAAUGAAUGAAAGCAAACAUUUAGCCGUUAGCAUUGUGUAAGCACUGUCCGCAAAAACUCUCGCCAGUAUCUUUAAUUUAUUCCUUUUUGAAAAAGUUCAGUUUACACAAAAAUAUAAAAUAAUUAAAAAAAAAAAAGGUUUGGUGUCAGACAUGUCACCAUUAGCAUCGUAGCUUCAGCGCUCAGAAUGAAGCAUGAAAAUUCACACAUCAAUCAUGUCUUGUUCUGACUGAAUAAUUGUGAAAUUUUUUUUUUUUUUUUUUUAGCUCAGUUCUUUUCUGAUUUCAUGCUUUUUCAUGCAGUUGUUAAGUUUGUUUAGGUCAGAUAAUGCUAAUGUUGCUAACAGUGAAUUAAAUCAUAUCAAUGCUAGCCACCAAUUAUCCACAAACACUAAGCUAUCGUGGCUAAAGUUGUAGCGAUAUUUUCGUUUCUCCACUCGUCUCCUAUAAAGAAGUUUUUGUUCAGAUUUAAACAAAAAACGUAUGUUAGCUAACAGUUUUUAGUUAAAUAUCAUUAGUACCAGCUGCCUAAGAAUUUGCUUCCACAUUAGCUUUAUGUUGGUGGCUACUCUGUGACUUGUGAUCUUAACAUUUGCCACAUUAGCAUGUUCUGAUAUAUGUUAGCAUUUUCUGAUAGCUACUGGCUUUUAUUCAGAAUUAGCCACUUUAGCCUCUUGUUGUUCACUGGAAGCUUGUAUUCAGAAUUAGCCAUACUAGCUUUUGUUGUUGGCUGGAAGCUUGUAUUCAGAAUUAGCCAUACUAGCUUUUGUUGUUGGCUGGAAGCUUGUAUUCAGAAUUAGCCAUACUAGCUUUUGUUGUUGGCUGGAAGCUUGUAUUCAGAAUUAGCCAUACUAGCUUUUGUUGUUGGCUGGAAGCUUGUAUUCAGAAUUAGCUACAUUAGCUUUGUGUUGGUUGGAAAAUUGAUGGCCACCAGCUUAUAUUCAACAUUAGCCACAGGUAAUUCUGUAACAUUUACUGAUAGAUAUUGGCUUUUAUUCAGAAUUAGCCACUUUAGCUUGUGUUGGCUAAUAGUUUCAGAAUUAGCCAGAUUAGCUUUGUGUUGCUUGCUAAAAUAUUCUGUUCAGAAUUAGCCACAUUAGCUUUGUGUUGCUUGCUGAAAGAUUCUAUUUAGAAUUAGCCAUGUUAGCUUUGUGUUGGUUGCUAGAAGAUUAUAUUCAGAAUUAGCCACAUUAGCUUUGUUUUGGCUAAUUAUCUCUAUUCAAAAGUAGCUACAUUAGCUUUGUGUUAGUUGCUGGAAGUUUCUGUUCAGAAUUAGCCAUGUUAGCUUUGUGUUGUUGGCUGAUCAUUUUUAUUCAGAAUUAGCCACAUUAGCUUUGUUUGGCUUUUUUAUUCAACAUUUAGCUACAUUAGCUUUGUGUUACUGGAUUAUUGGUGGCUACAUGUUUACAUUUAAUAUCAGUCAUGUUAGCAUGUGCUGACUGCUAUUUUCUACUGUUGUUUUCAUUCAGUAUUAGCCACAUUAGCAUAUACACAUAUAUAUACAUAUGCAGUUCAGAAACUAAAAGCUAAAAUGUCUUUAUUUGUCUUUAUUAUACGUUUCUGUUCAUAUUUAUGUAUUUUCUGUUUUUUAAUACUGACAUUUGUGCAGUUUUGCUGUAGAAAUCCAAAUUUAUGGAUAUGUAUGUUUUUAUGGGUUUUGGUGAUUAUUACUGAGCAUUUAGGCUGUUUACUGAGCUUUUGCAGAGAUUAAGAGGGUUAUACGGUUUCUGUUAUUUAACUCCAGGCUUUCUGCGCAUUUACUGCUUCUGAAGUUCACUCUAGGCCAGUUUUAAUACAGCUGUACUGAAGUUUUUAAACUUAUUUAAUGUAAUUUUAUGUUCCAGAAUUGGAGCAAUACAAAAUUUUGCAUUUCUGCAAAAAUAAACCAGGACAAAGUAGAAAAUUACAGCUGAAAGAAGCACUUUUAAUGCUUUUUUUAGCUGAAUAUGGACCAGAGAAGCGAAUUUAACAUGAAUUCAAGUAGAAUUUAACGGUUAUUAUUAUUAAAGGCCUUGUUCAACCAGACAGCGCUAACCGGCUAACUACGAAUAAAAGCUCAGAUACAUCAAAGCAAAAGUCAUGAUAUAGAGUUACCUCAGGGGACUGCUUGAGAAUUCCAGCCCUUGCCUGUAUAAGUUGUGAGGUGCUAUCUUGUGAGUAAGGUUGGUUAAACACUGGCCAGUGCGCUCAUGGUCAAUGUAGCAUUUGUUACGUUGCGUGGGACAUGGCAAAAAAUCAUGGGACACAAUACAAUUUUCUGUCACAUGACAUUUGGAAUGUCAAUGUAUCCCUUUUUUUUUUUUUUUUUGAAAUUGUAAAAAAAACAAAACAAAUUUUAUCGAUAUAGAGAUAGCGAUCACUAUGGACGACUAUAUUUUCUGGAAUGUUUGCUGUCUGGUUGAACUGUCCCAUAUUUAGAAUUUUCUGUUUUUUUUCUGUUUGUUGUUUUUCUUUUAUUAUUUAUUUGUUUAGUUUUUUUUUCUGCUUUGUCUUACAAUGUUUUAAAUCUCUGAAUGUCGAACGCCAGAGUCUGACAGACAGAUAAUCAUAUUUACUGGCGUUUUAAGGUCAUUCGUCUGAUAUUGAAAGACCCAGUAAACGACUGGUGUUAAUAUUACCAGUCAAAAGUUUGAACACACCCCUUUCUCAUUUAGUGUUUUUGCUUCAUUUGUAUUAUUAUCUACAUUGUAGAUUAACAAUUGAAGACAUCAGAAUUCUGCAGUAUAUACGUUCUUCACUAUUUUAGCCACAAGCAGUGCAUACAGCUCUCAAACUAUUAUUAAUCAUUAAUUAUCAGGUUUAUUGUACUUAAAAUGGGAAUAAUUGCACUAUUAUUCUAUUAUUUAAAAAAAAUAAGAGCACUUCAGUUUCUGAAUCAGUUUCUCUGAUUUUGCUAUUUAUAGGUUUAUGUUUGAGUAAAAUUAACAUUGUUGUUUUAUUCUAUAAACUACAGACAACAUUUCUCCCAAAUUAAAAAUAAAAAUAUUCUCAUUUAGAGUAUUUAUUUGCAGAAAAUGAGAAAUGGCUGAAAUAACAAAAAAGAUGCAGAGCUUUCAGACCUCAAAUAAUGCAAAGAAAACAAGUUCAUAUUCAUAAAGUUUUAAGAGUUCAGAAAUCAAUAUUUGGUGGAAUAACCCUGGUUUUUAAUCACAGUUUUCAUGCAUCUUUGCAUCAUGUUCUCCUCCUCCACCAGUCUUACACACUGCUUUUGGAUAACUUUAUGCUGCUUUACUCCUGGUGCAAAAAUUUAAGCAGUUCAGUUUGGUGGUUUGAUGGCUUGUGAUCAUCCAUCUUCCUCUUGAUAUUUUAGAGGUUUUCAGUUCAAAAGAAAAAAAUCAAAGAAACUCGUCAUUUUUAGUGCUCUCUUAUUAUUUUUCCAGUGCUGUGUUUUGUGUCUACAGUGUAUUUUUUUUUACAUUAUUUCACAGUUCUGUUUUCAAUGUUAAAUCUACAAUGUUAGAAAAUAAUACGAAUAGAGAAAAAAAGCUUUGAAUGGGAAGUGGGUGUGUCCAAAGGGUUUGUUUGGUUCUGGUUAUAUUUUAUAUGUAUAUGUAUGUGUGAGUCUGUGUACAUGUGUAUAUAUACACCGAUCAAGCAUAACAUUAGGACCAUCUCCUUGUUUCUACACCAAUUAUUAUAUGUUUUGUCAGUCAGAAUAAAGACACUUUAUUCUGACUCACAUACAGUACUGUGCAAAAGUUUUAGACACCAAAGCAAAUGACACUAACCCAUUUAUCUCAGCAAUAUGAGUGUUUUUACCUGAAAAAAGCCCCACAUAUGAUUUAAAUAGAUGCAAAUACACAAAUACAGUAAAACUUAACAAGGAAAUUCUCGUUUUUAACUAUAAGUAUGUUUUAUAUCCUGUGAUCCGAGCUGAAGAACAAAGUGUAGAGAUUCCAGAUUUCUCCUGGAUGCUCCUCAGUCAGCAUGUGUAUAUUCUGUUCAGUUCCGUCAGCAGCUCACCUGAUUUACCACAUUUACCAAUGUAUCAAUUAUCCAACCAGGUGUUGAUUAAUAUGAUGAGAACUAGAAAGAACUCUUAGUUAGUGUUUUACUGAGAUAAUAAACACUUACUGCACAGAUAAGAAGCUUUUUCUUUGCUAAAAAAUUCCCACAGGUGCCUAAAACUUUUGCACAGUACUCUACAUCUACAAGGUGAUAGAGCAGCGGCUGUAGAUAAGAGAGUGUAAUGGAGAGGAGUGGAGGACAGUGAGUAAUUAAACACAGUGUUUAAGAACUCCAGCAGCACUGCUGCAUUAUCUGAUCCACUCGUUAUGCUUGUUCGGUGUUUAUCUCUAUAUGUUUCAUAUCAUGUUUUGAUGGAAAAACACUACAGGACUUAUUGUUUCGGAGAUGAUGAUAAAGUGCUUCAGAAAAGUUUGCAGUUUUGCAUUUCUAAUGCCUGGUUUGGAUUUGGUGGACUGGGUGCCAGGAGGUCGCCCACCGAACCCCACCCAUAUUUAACGCUGGCGGUUGCUCGGAGGAGGAUCUUGGUUUGGGCGGCAGGGGAACAGGAACUGUCGUUGGACGGUCGGUCGUUCGGUUGGUUGCUUCCGAAGGCAACGUGCACUGCACCUAGAUGACUAGAAACGCACACAACAGCAAAGAUAUGUUAAAUUAUUAGCUCUAUGAAUGUAAAUAUUAGCUAGACAAACUGCUGAACAGAUUCUAGUUUUUAUUUCCUUUCUUUUCUUUUUAUUUUCCUGAGCUUUGUAGUUUUAUUUGGUGGAAAUGUGAAUUAUUUUUUUUUAUCUCUAUAUUUUUGUUCUUUUUAGCUGUGAGUUGUGAACUGAAUGGCUGUGUUGGAUACUGAUUGGUCUCUCUGACUGAGGUUUAGACUGGAAAGCGUCUGUCUGCUGGUGUGGACGAUUUGAUUGAAAUAUUGGACGAAUACCCGAACCUCAGCGAUGGACCCAGACAGCAGCUCAGCUCUGAGGCGAGGCGAAGCUACAGCUCUGUGGGGUCAGAAGGUGACGAUAUUAAAGAGGUAGUUCAGAAUAAUUCAAUUUAACCCUCCUGUUAUGUUCAUUUAUCAGGAACAGCGAUGGUGUUCCAGGAUCAUUUUGAACUGGUUCAUGUUUAAUCAUCCAAAAAAAUGUCUGAAACCCAAAAAAAAUCCUUACAAGCGGUGUAAAUAUAAAAUUAUUAACUCUAUUAUUAAUUUUUCUAUCAAUAUAUUUAGUGCAAUUAUGAUAAUUCACUCGUUUUUCAUAAAAAAAAAAUACAUGUUCAAACUUUUUUAAUGUUUCACUACUUUAUUACUUUUAAAAUACCAACAUAAAAAACAAUAGCUUUACAUAACAUUAAAAACUUAAUAUUGCAAUUUUCUUGCAGUUUUAGUUUUUUGCAGGAGUUGAUUGUUGCAAAUAUGUGAGAGAAAUCAUUUGCAUAUUAUAUGUUGAUUACAAUAAUUAUGGCAAGCAGAAGAAGUUUCAGACUGAAAAAAUACUUUUAACUAUUUUUUCUUAGAUCUUGAAACUUUAAAACUGGUCAGAUUGACCCGGAACAAAACAGGAGGGUAAAUGAAACUCUAUUCACCACAUCUAUAGACUGUAUAGAGUACAGUAGAUCACUGUAUGCGGUAAUAUCAACAAAAACAUCCCUACUCUAAACACCAUUCAUUUAUAAUGGUACCCAGUGAUCAGUUUAAUUAAUUUUACUUUUUUGUUGUUGUUUUAAGAAAUGAAUUAUCUGCCGAUAUUAGAGAUGAUAUAUUUUCUAUAAAAUUAAUUAUGACAAAUGCGUGAAUAGCAGUGGGCGAUAUGAAACAAAUCUUAAAUACAUAUAUACAUUUUUAUCUUACAAUAUUGUUGAUACAGAUUAAAAAGGAAGAGAAUAAAAACCGAGACUCAGUUCUUAACCAUGUGAAUCUGAGUUAAAAGGCUAAAGCUGUUGUUUUCAUGUGGGUCAGCCAGACGUCUUCCUGUAUCAGUUUUUUUUUUUCUUUUUUCAAUUUCUAGUCUUUUGAAGGUGUAGGAAACAGUACUCACCGCUCUCUGGCUUUAUCUGGAUCUGUUCCAGCUCUGCUUUACUACAGACAAAGGCUUUAAAUUAAAUUAAAUGGACAUUUUUUAAAAUGUAUUUUCAAAGCUCAGUUUAUUUCCAUUGCUACUUACUUAAACAAUGGAUUGUUUUGCUUUUUUUUUAACAAUACACAAUUUUUUACAAUAUACCAUUUUUUUUACAAUACUAAAAUUACUUUUAUCCCGUUUUUGGUUUAUUUGUUUCCCUUAAAUUUUUUGGCAGUUUCCUGCAAAAUUUUGUACACUGGAUUUUGUACUAUUUCCAGUUAUUGAUUUGACCCAAAGAGCUAAAAUGAGCUAAAAAUAAAGGGACAAAAAUGGAGUGUUUUAAAAAGUGUAUGUCUCGGAGAUGAAAGUAAGAAAUGUGACACCAUCCACUUGUGAAUUUGAGAAAUUGUACUGAAAUUUCAGAUUUUUUAUGAUUCACUGAUAGGCCUGUUACGAUAGGAAUUUUUGGUGGACGAUAUAUUGUGCCAGAAAUUAUUGCGAUACGCGAUAUUUUUUUGUAAUUUUAAGACUUUAUUAAAUGCCACUGACAUAAUGAUAAAAGAAUCGCAUAAAAAAGUAAUUGUACACAUUUUCAAGUCAACAAAAAUGUAAUAAUAAUUUAUUAUGAUUAGUUUGGGAAUUAUAUACUUAUUUCUUCACCUACUUUAGUCCACACUGUGUGUGUUAUGGAGUCACACUUAUUAAAGCAUGACUGGCUAAAAUACUGUUAUGUGAACAAACAUACAAAUAAACACAAUAGACGAUAUCACGAUACUGAAAAAUGAUUGAGGUCAUGUUUAUUUAUUGUACAAUAAAUCUAUAUUGCAAUUAUUGUGACAGACCUAUUCAUUGAUAAGCUUCUUUAUGUAGUAAUCUUAAUUAUUUGAUCACUUACAAUGUAGGAACAAAAUUUAAAUAAAACCAAUGAAUCAUAUUACCAUGAUGGCAAUAAGUAUCGUUCUAUCACCCACUGCUGUUAUAGAGUCACUGUAUUUGUUGUCUGAACACAAAACUAAACCAAUUAAUCCAAUUAAUAAAUAAGCGCUGACCCCACACUGAGCUGUGUUUAUAGAGUGCUGGGCUGGCUGUACUGGACCGGACUGAGGGUAUAUAGAGGGUAUGCGCAGUGGGAGCGAUGGUAGCUCUGGGGAUGAUGUAGUCGGUGAAAUUGGGGAGGAUAGAGAGACGGUGUAAAUAUCGCUGAGUUAAGAUAAACGUACGUCCUCCCCCGAGUUCUACUCCCAGUACACAGACCGAACAGGACGAAACUAAUGAUCUGUUCUAUUUUUAACACAGGAAGAAAACUUUGUACUAAUUUGCAAAUAAAUAGGUUUUGAUACCUUGAAAA